AUGGGGGCCGCAUCCUGGUUUGAUGACCAUAUCCAUCAGAUAUUCUUCCGCUUCGGCUUAAUCUGCCAUCGAUUUCGACUGCCACUCCUUGUCACUUCAAUCCUGUUCACCGCCUUUUCAUCGAUCGGCUUUUUGUGGAUCGAUCAGCAGACGACAAAAGAUCCAGAAUAUGUAUUUUCACCGGAAGGUGCUCCGUGGCGAAAGGAGCGACAGAUUCUUUCCGAGUAUUGGCCCCUUGAUGAACAACGAUUCUGGCCGGGCAAAAGCUAUGAUUUAAAGGGAUUCGUCGAUGUUAUCGUUGCCGGGCGGGUGGAAGACGAAUAUGGACGGCCCAACAUUUUGUCGUUGGCAUAUCUCGAUGAAGUGGCUCGUGUCAACGAUUAUAUUAUUCACAACCUAACAAUACCCGUUGAAGUCGAGGGGAAGAAAUAUGAGGUAGCCUACACCGAUUUGUGCAUGACAUUUGAAUGGAAAUGCUUCCUCAAUGAUCAUCUCACCAUGCUAAUGCCACGCUCACGCUGGGGAAACUUUUCCGAAUCGAUCGCCGAAUUUGCGCACGACAUCAUCGUCAAGGAGAUUAACGUGACAUACCCGAUUGGUUGGCGAGGGACAGAACCUAUCUAUUUUGGCGCGCUUGUUGGGGCACCGCAUCUCAACGACGGAGAAGGGCACUUUGACUAUGCCAAAGCCAUUCGGCUUUCCUACAAUACACGAGAAGAAAAGGUGGGCAAUGUCAGCUUUAUCUGGAGAAAGCGGCUUACCGAUUACUUGACGAAUAAAACUCACCCACCAUCACCUAUAUUGGAUUUCGGGAUGUUCCACAACGAAUCACUGCCAGAGGGGUUGCAGGAUGUAGCCGAUACAUUGGCACCAAAGUUUGUCGGAACAUGCGCUAUAUUGGUAACUUUCUGCUAUGCCGUCUCGAUUGUGCUGAUACGGCACGAAAAUGGUGUGCUAGCGAUCGACUGGGUGCGCAGCAAGCCGAUCGUCGCAUUCGCAGGUCUUGUUUGCCCGUUAAUGGCCGUUGUCACUGCAUUUGGGUUGGUACUGUGGAGUGGGGCGUAUUAUAAUGCUAUCGUAAACGUGUCACCAUUUUUGGUGCUAGCAAUCGGCAUUGACGACCUUUUCAUCAUGUCAGCUGCUUGGCAUCGAACAAAUCCAGAGCUAAGCCCCGCACGGAGAAUGGCAGAGACAUUGCAAGAAGCCGCUGUGGCUAUCACCAUCACAUCCGUCACCGAUAUUACAACAUUUGCGAUCGGAAUGUUCACACCGUUGCCGGGAGUCCGCAUGUUCUGCCUGUACACAUGUGUCCAAUGCGCAUUCACCUAUAUUUAUCAACUCUGGUUCUUCUCACCCAUCCUUGCUUAUUCAGCUGAAAUGGAAGACCAUGGAAAGCAUUCCUUAUUUUUCAAUAAGGCUCUUGAACCGGGUGAAGCCAAAAAUAACCUACAACUGCAUUUGUUGGCGGGAUCGGUGUCCAGGCGCGCUAGAUUCCGAAAGAAGGUUUCAAUCAAGCUGCACAGUGACGAAAAGGAGCCAACGACAAAGGGUUGGAAAACAAAACUCGGCGAGGCUAUGCGCAAAUUUGAGACCAAGCUCGAACAUCAUGAAUCGGACAUGGAGGGAAUAAAGGAUGAGGAAACGAUGGUCAGUCGAUUGUUCAAAGAAGUAAUUGGGCCAUUCAUCCUCGAAAAAUCGACGCAAUAUUGCGCGCUGGCCAUCUACUGCGUGUAUUUUUCAUUUGCGAUUCUCGGUUGUUGCCAAAUGCGUGAGGGGCUCAGCCCGAAAUUCCUGGUGCGUGAGCACUUCUACCUCAGCAACUUCUACACGUUGAUCGACGAGACUUUUUGGAAUGAAGGGCUGCAGAUGCAAGUGGUUGUCUCUACCCCACCAGAUUUGUCCGACCCUGCAGAAAGAGCCGAGUUCUCAUCCCUAGUACGAUCAUUUGAACACACCGAAUACACGAUGGCUCACAACGCAACGAUGCUAUGGCUAAAUGCCUACGAGCGCUACCUGCACGAACAACACGAAGAUCUCGGAAUCGCCAAGCCGACGAACAAAGAAGAAUGGUACAGGCGGUGUCGUGACUGGCUGCUGGUUGCAGGCGGUCGUCGAUUAUGGGAGAUGGAUAUGGUUUGGGGAAGCGGAGAGGAUCACUACACCCUCAAAGCUUUCCGCUUCCAAGUCGGGCUUCGCCAUUACAACAGCCCGGUUGAUCAUACAAAUUCGUGCAAGCUGAUGCGAUCGAUCGCCGCCCAGUUUACGAAGUUUAACGUCACCACUUUCCAUGAGUAUUAUCCAUUUGCAGACCAGUACCUCGAGCUGAAACCUUCCUUGACUCGAAAUUUUGUUCUGGGAUUGUUGUCAAUGUUUAUCGCAACGGUUAUCAUGAUUCCCGAUUGGCGAGCCGCACUUGCCGUGGUUUUAGCAAUUGGAAGCAUCAAUAUAGGUGUGCUCGGCUAUAUGACUUUCUGGGGCGUCAACCUCGAUUCGGUUUCGGUAAUUACCGUGAUUAUGUGCGUAGGAUUUGCCGUCGACUUGUCUGCUCACAUCGCAUACGCUUAUUCGCAGGCAUUCGGCACGGCUCAUGAGCGCGCUGUUGAAUCACUGGAGACGCUUGGAUGGCCAGUCUUCUUGGGCGCAUCAUCGACAAUCCUCGGAAUAUGUGUUUUGACCCUAGUCGAUUCGUACAUCGUUCAAAUUUUCUUCAAGACAGUGUUCUUAGUCAUCUCCUUCAGCAUGAUUCAUGGUCUCUUAUUCUUACCGAUCAUCCUGAUGUUCAUGAUCCCCGAACCCAGAAAGCGAACCACCGUCAAACAACUACAUCCCUCAGUGAAUGCGCCCGAGCUGGAGGAAGAGUUUCCUCCCCGGUUCGACUCGUCUAGGCCGCCAUCGAGGGACUCCUCACGAAAUAACUCGGAAGAUUUUUCAGUCAAGAAACGCGACGAAGAGAGGAAAAACAGGGAUGAGGAAGACGGGGACAAAAUGCAGCGCCGCAGUCGUGCCUCUUCGCUAUCAUCAUUCAAGCAAAAUUUGGAAACAAUCGGGGAACAUAGUGAUGAAGGCGAAGACAGCGCUAGUGAAAAGCCGGAAGCUGACGAAUCAAGCUCCUCAACCCAUUCGGAAAAUCUCAACAACGAUCAGACGGCCGGGCAU